CCGCCUUCUUAUCCGCCACAAAUUCAACACAGAGAGAGAGAGAGAGAGAGAGAGAGAGAGAGAGAGGUGUCGUUCUCGCCUUUACAGGCGAAUGUUUCAUAUUCCAAGUCUACAGAGAUCCAACACAAGCUUGACGGAGAGUGAUCGAGACGACGAUGAGGACAAGGUAUGGAUUCACCGCUUCGGCGUUGGUGCUGAUCUCAGUCCUCGUGGUCUUCAUCUUGUCAUCAUCCGGCCGAUUCAGCUUCUACGUGCCCUCCAGGUCCGAAUUCGCGAUGAUACCGAUUGGAGAUCACUUGCAGACGAAGCUCUCUGGCGCCGCCAGUGGAUCAAACUAUGCUGUUCUCUCUGAACAACCUUCCGCUACUCCUAAUAAGAGCAUGAUGAUCUCCGUCGACCGUCGUUUCAGAAACCGAACUGUCAUCUUGCAGAAACAAGACCGAGGAGUGGAGCAUGGAUUAGCUCGAGCAAGAGCUGCGAUCCGGAAGGCCGCUUCCAGUCGAAAUCUCUCGUCCAUUAUCCACGACGGCGACGUACUCACUGCCGGCGACAUAUACCAUAACCCUGGCGCCUUUUAUAAGAGUUAUACAGAGAUGGAGAAGAGAUUCAAGGUGUACGUGUACGAAGAAGGGGACCCACCAAUGGUCCAUGAUGGGCCCUGUAAGAACAUAUACACGACGGAGGGUAGAUUCAUUCACGAGAUGGAGAAGGGGAAGAGUAGGUUCAGAACAAGGGAUGCUCGCCGAGCUCACGUUUACUUUCUGCCCUUCAGCGUCUCCUGGAUGGUUAAGUACCUGUACGAGCCUCUGUCUUACAACCUCACUCCCCUCAGAGACUUUGUGUCCGAUUACGUCAGAGUCAUCUCCACCAAGCACCCCUUCUGGAACAGAACUCAAGGAGCUGACCAUUUCAUGCUUUCUUGUCAUGAUUGGGGUCCACAUGCCUCGCGAGGCAGUUCACUGCUCUACAACACGUCCAUCCGCGUCUUGUGCAACGCCAACUCCUCUGAAGGCUUCAACCCACAAAAAGACGUCAGCCUCCCGGAAAUCCACCUCUACUCCGGCGACAUCCCCCCUCAGCUCCUCUCCCCUCCCUCAUCCACCUCUCCGCGACCGUACCUGGCCUUCUUCGCCGGCGGCCUGCACGGGCCCUUCCGCCCCAUCCUCCUUCGCCACUGGCAAGGUCGUGACCCCGACCUCCCCGUCCACGAAUACCUCCCCAAGGAUCUCGAUUACUAUUCCUUCAUGCUCCAGUCCAGGUACUGUCUCUGUCCCAGCGGGUAUGAAGUGGCCAGCCCCCGGAUAGUGGAGGCCAUAUACACCGAAUGCGUGCCGGUGAUCUUGUCGGAUCACUAUGUCUUGCCGUUCAGUGACGUCUUAAGGUGGGAGGCGUUCUCAAUCCGGCUCGAGAUUUCCGAGAUUCCUAGGUUGAAGGAGGUGUUGACGGCUGUCCCAGAGAGACAGUACGCGAGGUUGAAGAAGGGUUUGAGGGCUGUUCGGAGACACUUUGUGUUAAACCAGCCGGCCCAGAGGUUUGAUGUGUUUCAUAUGAUCUUGCACUCUGUUUGGCUCAGAAGAAUUAAUCUAAUGCUUGGGUAAUAGGUACUGCACCAAUUUUAUUCAAAUAGAAAAUGGCAUACCAAUUACCCAAGUUACAUAUUAUAUAUCCUAGUCAAAAGGUUAAAUUACCUUUCAAAUAAAUUAUUAAGUUUACAUCCA